AUGUUUGAUCAAUCCCCAACUCCCUCUUCUGGGGGCCCUGUUUGUAUCUACAUCGACGAUUCGAACGUUGCGAUUAGAGGACGAGCAAUGCACGAUCCCCAAGGUACCUUGACUCCCUGGAACUAUGACAUUGAUGUUCUAGCCAACAUCAUCAUUCAGCAAUUCGAUCUCACCGCAAUCGAACCAUUUGUUCAGAAGUCUCUCAACUUCUACGGUGCUGAUCUUCACCGUAGUCCUCAACUUGAUCACCUUCGAGGACUUGGUCUUGUGUACGGCUGUGAUUGUCCACGAAACGGCCAUGGACAUGAGAAACAAGCUGAUGUCGCACUCGCUACUGACAUGACUGAACAAGCCAAGCAUGCUCUAGAUUUCGGCAUUGCACGCGACUUCGUCCUUGUUUCUGGAGAUAGCGAUUUCAUCCCCGCUGUAAGGAAGGUUUUGGGAUAUGGAUUCAAUGUUCAUGUCUGGGCUUGGCGGAGAUCACUGUCAAGCGAAUUCUACAGACUCAAGCAAGAUUUUGAAGACAAUUGUGUACCAGGGUUAGGGCAGAUGAGGGUACACUUCCUCGAAUCACACCUGCACCAACUCACAAGAUCUCCUGAAUCGGACGCGAUGCUGUAG